AUGGCUCAGAAAGCGAAAAAGGACCGCGCCAAAUCCAACGCGGCGGCACUUAACAACUUGCACAUCGGUUCUCUUAUCGUCAACGCCCUCUUCCUCUUUUCUCACUUCCUCUUCCGUGCUCGCUCUAUCUGGCUUUACGUUCUCCUUUCUGCGCCUGCCAUCAUCUGCGAGUACAUUCUCGAGGCUUCCGGUCGACCGAAGUACGACCCAACUACACGCGCCCUGCGUACCUCUGGCGAAGACCUAUCCUCUCCUGGCUUGACCGAAUACAUGUUCGACGUAAUCUGGGUUACCUGGGCUGCGGUAAUCUUCGUCAUUAUCUUCGGAAAUAAAGCUUGGUUUCUGUGGCUUAUUCUUCCGGCAUAUGGCGUGUACUUGGGAAGUGGGCUACUAGGCAUGGGAAAGCAGAAGAUGACCGAAUUCCAAGGUGCGGGCGAUGGUGCUGGUGCAGCUCCCCAAGGAAAUCGCAGAGCACGUCGGGCUGCUUAA